GGAACCAGUCGCAUGGCGUGAGCAGAGCACUUCACAGAGCGGACGCACAGGCAGCACAGAGAGAGGCACACGCAAAUUAUUUACUGAGCUAGAGGAGGACAGGAAUGGUCGCUCUCCUCCGGCAGCAUCAUUUCGUUUUGAACAUGGAUUUGAGGACCAGAAGACACAGUGGAAUGAUUUUACAGCUCGCCGUCCUUCUCUGGUGUUCACAUGGGGCAAUUGGAAAAGACAGCUGUGAUGGCCCACUGGUGUCCAACCUGCCCCAGUCCUCCUUCAGAAGCUCCUCACAGUUAUCCAACAGCCAUGGGCCCGGCUUCGCUAAAGUCAACAGGAGAGAUGGUGCUGGAGGCUGGGCUCCUGUGGAGUCUAAUAAGUACCAGUGGUUGGAGGUGGACCUGGGGGAGCGGACAGAGAUCACAGCCGUGGCCACGCAGGGUCGCUACGGCAGCUCAGACUGGGUCUCCUCCUUCCUCCUCAUGUUCAGCGACACGGGCUGCAACUGGAAACAGUACCGUCAGGAGGACAACAUCCGGGCUUUCACAGGGAACAGUAAUGCAGACAGUGUGGUGCAGUUUAAACUGCAGCAGCCAGUCUUCGCCAGGUUCCUGCGGUUACUUCCUCUAGAUUGGAACCCCAACGGGAGGAUAGGCCUGAGACUGGAAGCCUAUGGAUGCCCUUACAAGUCUGACGUGGCGUGGUUUGACGGCAGCAGCUGCUUGCUCUACAGGUUCAGCCCUAACCCAACACCAAGUCAAACAGCCAAAGACACCAUCUCUCUGAAGUUCAAAACCCUGCAGAACUAUGGGACCUUGAUACACACAGAGGGACAAGAUGAUCACACCGUCACGCUGGAGUUACACAAAGGAAAACUUUUACUCCAUCUCAGAAAAGGUAAAAGUGUCUCUCCUGGUCCUGAGAGCCACAUGGUCGUGUCACUGGGUAGUCUUCUAGAUGACCAGCACUGGCACCACGUAGCCAUCGAGCGCUUUAGUGGCCACCUCAACUUCACUGUGGACAAAAGCUCUCAGCAAAUCCAGGUUCCUGCAGAACUCAGUCCUUCCGAGAUAAACGAGAUUAGCUAUGGUGGCGUCCAGUGCCAUGGAAGUCAGAGGGUUAUGUCCAGGAGGAACUUCCAUGGGUGCCUUGAGAACCUGCUCUGGAACGAUGUGAACGUGAUAGAUCUGGCCAAACAGCAACAGCAGGUCUCCAUCACGGGCAAUGUGACCUUUACAUGUGCUGAACCAGUCUCUGUCCCCGUGACGUUCGCCGGCGCGCAGAGUUUCCUCCAGUUGCCAGGGGCAGCGCAGCAGCAGAGAGACGGCGGCAGGGUUGCCGUGGCGGCGGUUGGCGUGGCGWUCAGCCUGCAGUUCCGGACCUGGAACAGAGCGGGCCUUCUUUUAACCUUUGACCUCCAGCAGCAGGCGGGGAGCCUGUGGCUCUACCUGAGUGAGGCCAGAGUCAGGCUGCAGAUACACAAGGCUGGAAGAUACACAAUCCUAGUGGACGUCACUGCAGGAUUUGGUCUGAACGAUGGCCAGUGGCAUUCAGUAGACCUAACUGCAAGGAGAGGUCAUCUGACCAUCACUGUGGAUAAAGAGGAAGACUCCGCGGCUCAUGCCAGCCCAUCUUUCCCCGUGGUAUCAGGAAACAACCUCUUCUUUGGAGGUUGCCCGGACAGUGAGAAUAACCAGGAGUGCAGAAACCCCUUCAACGUGUUCCAAGGCUGUAUGAGACACAUCCAUGUGGAUAACCAUGCUGUGGAUCUGAUCAAGGUACAACAGAUGCUGAUAGGAAACUACAGCGAUCUCCAAAUCGACAUGUGUGGAAUCAUCGACAGAUGCUCUCCAAGCCAUUGUGAACACGGGGGCAGAUGCACCCAGUCUUGGAGUACCUUCCAUUGCAACUGUUCGAACACGGGCUACAGUGGAGCAACAUGUCACAGCUCUGUCUAUGAGAAGUCAUGUGAAGCGUAUAAACACCAGGGUAACACAUCAGGCCUGUAUUACAUAGAUGUGGACGGAAGUGGUCCGAUCAAGUCACAGCUGAUCUACUGCAACAUGACAGAUAAAACAUGGCUGGUGAUCCAACACAAUAACACGGAGCUAACCAAAUUAAAGGCCUCAUCUGGGAUAAAUCAGCAUUUAGCCUAUUUUAACUAUUCUGCCGACGCGGAACAGCUCUGGGCCAUAAUUACCCAGGCAGAGCACUGCGAGCAGGAAGUCCUCUACCACUGCAGAAAGUCACUCCUCUUAAACACACCAGAUGGAUCUCCGUUCACCUGGUGGGUGGGUCGUACAGAUGAGCCCCAGACGUACUGGGGCGGGGCGGUACCAGGGAGCCAGCAGUGUGGCUGCGGUCUUCAGGGGAACUGCAUCGACUCAGACCACUACUGCAACUGUGACGCUGACCGCAAAGAAUGGGCGACUGACUCUGGUCUGCUCACCCAUAAGGAGAAUCUGCCGGUCAGAUGGGUGGUUGUUGGGGAUAUACAGAGACCUGGGUCAGAGGCAGCCUAUAAAGUCGGACCACUCAGGUGUCAUGGCGACAAGAACUUCUGGAACGCAGCAUUCUUCAACAAAGAGACGUCAUAUCUGCACUUCCCCACGUUCCACGGAGAGCUGAGUGCAGACAUCUCCUUCCUGUUCAAAACCACCGCCGCUUCAGGAGUCUUCCUGGAAAACCUGGGCAUCAAAGACUUCAUACGGGUGGAACUCAGCUCGCCGACAGAGGUGGUCUUCUCGUUUGACGUGGGCAACGGKCCCUUUGAAGUGCGGGUGGAGACAGGCGAUGUGGCACUAAACGACGACAGGUGGCACCGUGUUCGAGCGGAGCGGAAUGUAAAAGAGGCUUCGCUGCGUGUGGAUGCUUUCCCCAACGCCACACAGAAGGCCCCCGCCGACGGUCACAUCCAUCUGCAGCUCAACAGCCAGUUAUUUGUAGGUGGCACAGCCUCCAGAAUGAAAGGUUUCCUGGGGUGUAUCCGCUCGCUGCAGCUGAACGGGAGGACUCUGGACCUGGAGGAGAGGGCUAAGAUCACGCCCGGGGUGAGGCCGGGCUGCCCGGGACACUGCAGCAGCUACGGGGAGCUGUGCCAGAACCAAGGGAGGUGCGUGGAGAUGUACAACGGCUUCUCCUGCGACUGUGGCCUCUCUACACAUUCAAGGAGCCGUAUGAGCUGAACAGGAACACCAGCACCCAGUCCUCCUCCAUUUACUCUGACCUCAAGCUACAGGGAGAGAACGUGUCAUUCAGCUUCCGUAGCCUCCAGAGCCAGCGCUGCUCCCUAUGUCAACUCCUACUAUAG